GUGCAUCUCAAUGCGCGUCGUCCCCCUCGGCAGCGCUCCGUCACCGCUGCAGUCCCUCAUCGCGCGACGAUGGCGACCGCAAUGGAUCUGCCAGGACUGCAGACGAGGCUCCAUCCGGCGCCGCAGCAUCGCCUCCACCACCACCACGACCACGGCUGAUCCAUCCAAGCCCUUCUACAUCACCGCGCCCAUCUUCUACGCCAACGCCGCUCCUCAUGUCGGACACUUGUACUCCAUGCUCCUCGCCGACGUUCUCAAACGCUGGCACCAGCUGCGACACCCCUCCGGAACAGCAAUCCUUUGCACCGGCACCGAUGAACACGGCGUGGAGAUCCAGCAGGCCGCUGUCAAGGCCGGUCUCGAGCCGCAACAACUCUGUGACAGAGGCGCCGAAGGAUUUCAAGAGCUAGCAGCGAACGUCGACAUCAGCAAUGAUGUCUUCGCCCGUACCACCGAUCCCAAGCACAAACGCGCUGUCGAGUAUGCAUGGCAGAUGCUGGAGAGGGAGCGCUACAUCUAUGAACGGACGCAUGAGGGCUGGUACAGCGUUGCCGAUGAGGCCUUCUACCAGCAGGGCCAAGUGCAGUUGAUCGUCGACCCGCCCACCGGACGCAAGAUCAUGGUCAGUAUCGAGACAGGCAACGCGGUCGAAUUGACGAAGGAGAGGAGUUAUCAUUUUCGACUCAGCAUGUUCAAGGACCUCCUGCUGGACUUUUACAAUCGUACUCCCACCUUCAUCGUGCCACAGGAGAGGAUGAAUGAAGUGAUCAAAGAGGUCCAAGCCGGCUUGGUGGAUCUUCCCAUCUCACACCCCUUGAAUCGCCUCAGCUGGGGCGUGCGCGUGCCCAGCGAUUCCUCUCAAACGAUGUUUGCUUGGUUUUCUGCACUUCUCAGUCACGCUACUGCCAUCGGCUACCCCUUCACCCCGGGAUUGCACAAGGCCGCCGGCUGGUCUCCCGACGUUCAAGUUACCGGCAAAGACGCCAUGCGCUUGUACUGCAUCUACUGGCCUGCAGUGCUCAUGGGCCUCAACCUUCCCCUCCCCAAACAAAUUCUCGUUCACGCACAUUGGACGCUGGGCAAUAAAAGGAUGCGUAACGUCGAUCGCACCGCCGUGAACCCAUUCUUUGCGCUCGAGCGGUUUGGCGUGGACACCAUGCGCUACUUCCUCAUCCGCCAAGGCGGUGUCAUCGACGAUGCGGCGUACAGCAACCUCUUUAUCAUUCGCACCUACAAAACCGAACUACAACAGCUCCUGGGUAGUCUCGUGAGUCUUCUCACACGUUUCCAAGGCUGGAGUGUCGCACGUGCGGUCCAGAAGUUCGGUGGCGCCUCGUCGGAUUGCGCACCAGACGAUAAAUCGAGUCGUGCUCUUUGCGACCGGAUAAGGAAAGCUCCCGCGCGAGUGGAGAUGUGCAUGCAAAGCCUAAGGCCCAAGAAGGCCUUGCAAACCAUCAUGCUUCUCGUCGAAGCCGCGAACGCUCAUUUUGACCGCUUGCCGCCCACCAAGCUGGCGCGCAGCUCACCAUUGUAUAAAAGGGACACGCCAAUUGACAAUGAGCCCGCUGCUCUACAGCACGCAGCGAGUCAGAUUGGUGAUCGCCUCGAUCGCAUCAUCUACCUUGACGCGGAAGCCUUGAGGGUCGUGGGAAUCCUGCUGCAGCCAUUCAUGCCGGAUGCUGCGCGUAAAUUGCUCGACAUGCUGGGCGUUUCCAAGGAUCGGCGGAGUUGGGAAUGGUGCGAGCUCGGGGCGGAUGAAGCGUACGGCGUCCCUAUGGUAGAUCUGGGCCAGGGAGAGACAGGCGUGCUUUUCCCUGGUCUGACUAGUGGAUAUUAGGGCGAUGGAUCGUGAGGCUCAUCUCUUUACUUAGACAGGUCAGGCAGAAUGCGCUGGCAUGACACUUCACAACCUCGCGCCAAUCUCUGGCGUGGAGAGUGGACACGACAGGCAAGCUGCCCAUCAUAUCAGCGCUCGCAAUUAUAGUAGUCAUAAGGCCAGCAAUGAGAUCCAAUAAUUUGAAGUCCGACGCCGGCACUAGAAGACGGUCAACUCAAUGGAUUCAUCUUGCAGUGCACAAGCACGUCCAUGUUGACUAGAUAACUCGACGGCGGCUGAAGGCUAAUGGAUUGCACUGCUCCUACAGCGUACGUACGGUGCACUUACGACGCACAACACACACCCUCCCCAUCUGCAACGGACGUGUGCCAGAAAGGGAAGAAUGGGCGAAGGCUGUCGCGGUGUGGAAGUUUGAACUCCGACAAGUUGGUCACACACAGGCAAGCAGCGGGAAGAAUUGGAGAG